CAGCCGUGUGAACUUUUAAAGGUAAAAAUGUCCGAAAAUGUAGUGUUUUAUUCCGAAACUAAGUCCAUUAUAGAGACCGUUAUAAAGACUACUAUUGAUGUUAUCGGAAGUUCAAAAGAAGAAAACGCCACAAAGGAGACAAAUGUGAGACGUACGCCAGAUUUUGACAGCAUUGUGGGAAUGUUGGCUCAGGAGGCAACCAGAAAGAUCAACACCAUUUACACCCAGCUGUCGUCACUUCUGCACAACGAAAACAAAACCCUGAAGGCCAAAGUGGGGCAGCUGGAGAGCGAGCUGACAACUAUGACUGCAAAUUAUGAAAAUGCCAGAACGUGGAGAGAAAAUGUCUUAAAUGGUUGCCCGGUUCUUUUUGAGGAGACUGGGUUGAUCUUCACCUUGAAACCGUUUGGGAAUUUAAAAAGAAAGCCAGAUAAAAUAACAGAAGGAGUCACAGAAUCGCUGCCUGCUGCUGGUUUGACGAGUGGACGGAAUGCUGGUGGCGCAGAGGAGAACUCUGAAGCCGAAUCAUCACCAGCCAGUAGACGAGACACUGCGGAGAAUUGUACCACGACAAACACCACAGAGCCCAAAACUACUGACAGCCAGAACACACAGGAAGCUGAAAUCCAGAAGAAAGGGAAGAUGUUUGUAUGCGACGUCUGUAACAGGAGCUUCAACCGGCAGUUUCAUCUGAUGAAGCACAUGAACACUCACAAAGAACAAAGGCCUUUUGCCUGCGACCAGUGCCCGAGAAAAUUCAGGAACACUGAAACCUUUGAGCACCACCUGCUGCGCCAUGAGGAGAAGAAAUAUACAACCUUCAAAUGUUCCCUCUGCGAUAAGAUAUUCAAAACAAAAAUGCACCUCAAGGCUCAUCAGCUUGUGCACACCGAUAUGAGACCUUUCACCUGCUCCACCUGCGGGAAGGGAUUCAAAACUAAACACAACCUGCAGGCUCAUCAGGUCGUGCACAGCGUGGAGAAGCCGCACAAAUGCUCCGAGUGCGGGGAGAGUUUCAGGUAUGCGUUCACGCUGCAGUGCCAUAAAAGCAUUCACACAGGCGAGCAUCCUUACAAAUGCACCGUGUGUGGCAAAGCUUUUACAAAGAGGAGAUCGCUGAGGACGCACCAGUCUGUCCACAGAGGGAAAAUCUUUACCUGUGAGACGUGUGGAGCUGGUUUCACUCUUCAGCACAACCUGAAAAGGCACAUUCGCAUUCACACAGGGGAGAGGCCGUUUAAAUGUAUAGUCUGCGGGAAGAGUUUCAUUCAGGACAACAAGCUGAAAGCCCACAUGCUCCUUCACGGUGCUUCCAAGUCCUUCAUGUGCGACCUGUGUGGGAAAACUUUUCUUUACAACUGCCAGCUGCAGAAACACCAGAAGGUCACCCACGACGAAAGACACGGGCAGGUCAUCAGAAGACGAACCCAGGAGCGAGGUAACCGCAGAGUUAUCUAUCGAAGGGACAGGACGACGGUAGACGUGACGCCGUUCACAUGCAAGACUUGCCGCAAGGGCUUCGACACGGCGAGUUCACUGAAAAGACACGAGCUGAUUCACGUGGGUAAGCUCCAAUACAACUGCGACACAUGCGGGAAGUCUUUUUUCUACAAGGCCACCUACGAUUACCAUCAGCGGAUCCACUCUGGAGAGAGGCCGUUCGGCUGCGAGGUGUGCGGGAAGAGGUUCAUCAUCCUUCAGGCUCUCAAGUCCCACAAACUGCAGCACUCCGGAGACAAACCACAUACUUGCGAUCAGUGCGGCAAGGCGUUCAGGAUCUACACGAACUACCUGAGACACUUGCGGAUCCACACCGGGGAGAAGCCGUACGAGUGUGAAGUUUGCGGCGUGAGGUUCAGGCAGCUCGGACACGUUAAGUUUCACAUGCAGGUGCACACGGGAGAGCGGCCGUACUCGUGCAGCAGCUGUGGACUCGGAUUUUCAGACUCAAGGCUGCUCAAGAAACACAACUGUACUGAGAAAUAUCAGAAAAUGUUGGGGAACACACUCGAUACAAUGUCAGAUUUGGAGGCGCAGGUAGGCUCCAUUUUGGAGAUAAUGGUCAACGCGACUGUCACAGAAAUGACCAAAGUUAUCGGCAGCUGUGAUUCGACACGUCCAGAAGCGUCUCCGAGUUGCGUUACGACCGAAAACACACAAGCGUCCUCAGAGGAGAAGGUGAUCCAGCUCAGUGUCUUCAUGACGUCUCUGGCUCAAGAAGCUGUGGAGAAGAUCUGCCAGCUUUUCCACGAAUGUUCCUCUCUGCUCCAGUUAGAGGUGAGACACGAUGUGGCAGAGAUCGAGGACCUUAGGAGGAGACUGGAGGUGGCAGAGACGGAGCUGAAGCUGAUCCUGGAGGGGAGCAGAGGCCAGAACGAGGGGCAGGAGCUGACAGAGGGAGGCAGCGGUCAGGAGGGAAAGGGGGCUCCUCCGGCCAACGGAGCAGAGGGAGAGACCGUCCCGACCAAUCAGCGAUCGGCGAGGAAGAGCCGCAGAGCUGUAACUAGUGGUGAUGCCGGAGUGAAGAGAUCGCCCAUCAUUCACCUGUGGAAAGGCAGAGCUUAUGAGGACACUGUCCAGCCAGUGAUAAUAAAGGAAGAAGGAUUGGAGGCAUUUGCUGACCAUGCUUCUUCUGAUUCUGGUCAGAACAGAGACGAUCUAGCACAGGAUGAUGACGAUGACCCGGACUACCAGUUGGAGCCAGACGAUCCAGACGACGGUGACCCAGGAUUCAUCGCCAGACCCAAAUGCGUUGUAAAGCCCAAAUCCCACCGAGGUCGAGCCAAGAGUAAGAACCAGCAGUCUCUGAGCUGCAAACACUGCAGGAAAACCUUCACCAAGCUGCAGCAGCUCAAAGCACACCAGGCUGUCCAUGGCGCGAACGUAGAGAAGCCUUUCCACUGCUCUCAGUGUGACAGAGGCUUUUCAUUCCAGCGAAGCCUCAACGCACACAUGCUGCUUCAUACAGGUGAGAGGCCGCACACCUGCGAUGUUUGUGGGAAGGGUUUCACGCUGAAGCAGCUGCUGAGGAACCACCAGCGUCUCCAUGCCGAGGUCCGGCCGUUCCGCUGUGACCAGUGCGGCAAGAGUUUCUAUCGAGCCCACGGCCUGAAAAUGCACCAAAUGGUCCACACGGGAGAGCGGGCCUACAACUGUCAGUACUGCAACAAAAGCUUCACAAUACAAGGUAACCUGCAGCGCCACCUGCGUAUACACACGGGGGAGAAGCCAUUCAGGUGUGAAACGUGCGGCAAAAGCUUCAACCAGGCCGACACUCUGAAAGGACAUCAGAGGAUACACACCGGCGAGCGUCCCUUCAGCUGCGAGACCUGCGGCAAGUGUUUCAUUCAGAAGAGUGCCUUGAAAAUGCACCAGAAGACUUCUCACCCGGGCGAGAACUCGCUAGCCUGUGUGGCGUGCGGCACCAUGGCGGCCUGUGUUGACUCGCUGCGCAAACACCUCCAGACUCAUGCGUCGACUAUCCCGUGCACGUGCGUGAUCUGCGGCCGGCGGCUCAGCUCCAUCACCGACCUGCGCCUGCAUCAGCAGCACCACACAGUGGACAGGCCUCACAGCUGCGGGCUCUGCGGGAAGAGCUUCAAGUCGUCCAGUUACCUGAAGAUUCACCUGAAGACGCACAGCGGGGAGAGGCCGUUCUCCUGCGACAUCUGCGGUCGCAUGUUUACACAGCACAGCAGCCUUAAGUCACAUCAGGUGGUGCACACGGGAGAGAAACCGUUCAGCUGCGACACGUGUGGGAAAUGUUUCAGCAGCACCGGCAACCUGAACAGACACCAGCGCAUCCACACGGGGGAAAAGCCGUUCAGCUGCGACACGUGCGGACGCAGCUUCAACCAGGGCAACAGCCUGAAAGCCCACCAGCAGAUACACACCGGGGAGAAGCAGUUCAUGUGCGACAAGUGCGGGAAGAGUUUCUCCUACCUGAGAAACCUAAAGGACCACAAAUGUUUCUAUGUGUGAAGCUAAACUGUGAUGAGACGUCUGCCCUUGUGGCAGAGCGGCCAGCCGAGCUCUUCGGUACCUGUUGAGGGAUACAUUUAAAGGAUUGGUUGAGAAAAUAAAGGAAUAAGCUUGCAGUGAAAGUGGCUUCGGUGAUUAUAAGCUACCUUCAAGGAAAGCAGUGGGAGUACGUGUCGUUGAUUAUCACCGGUUACAUGACUGAAGAAAUAAAACAAGGUGGAGACAGUUACUGUAAAGGUUUAAGUGCAAACCUUUUUGUGUUUUUAAAUGUAGGUGUUUACCUGACACUGUUAUUCAGGCAGUAAAUAUGAUAAUAGAAAAACAACAUUAAAAAACUGUUAUAAUACUGAAACCACGAAAGAAAGAUCUACUACAGAAAACAGACCUAAGAAGAGCAGUCACUCGUAUUUUGGGUAUUUUGAAGGAGCGACUGUUACCCUGAAUCUAAAUCACGCACACAGAUGGACAAAAUGAAGCAUUUAUUUAUGGGAAUAACUGAAAAUUGUCAAGGUGUCACUCAAGAGCCUUUUAGUCUUUUAUCUGAAUACAUUUGUAAGCAGCGUUUGCUGUCACUUAUUUUAGUAAAGGACUGAAAUAAAAUCUGCCAUUGUGAUUUUCAGUUUUAACCUUUGGUAUUACUACUAUAAUACAACCACAGAAAACAUAUUCCUCUUUAAUGAUCAGCUGUAUAUGCUCUUAAAAAACUGACUGACUGAACGCUUGUGAGUAUGAGAAGAGUUUUUCUAUUUUUGUGCCACUGGCAGACCUCAUUAAUGGCCUCUUACUUUUCUUAAAUGAAGUUUUGUCGCACACAGGAUCUCAAAACUUCAUUUUUGGCCCUGUGGCCAUUGUGGAAAAUGGAUUUAAAACGUGUUAAGCAUUUUAAAUAGAUUGUAGAGUAAUAGUUUUAGUAGAAUAUAACAUGUGCCAAAAGAUAUGACGUAUGAAGAGUCAGACAAGCCACAACUGGCAGCUGUUACAUUCUUACUAGGACAUAAACUAUAAAAUCAAGUACGACUGAUUUUAUUGUAUUUAUUUUUUUAAAUAUAUAUAAGAAUUCUUAAAGAAGCUUGUUGAAGUUGUAAAACUGAUAUUUAUGAAUGAUUUAACCAACUCGAGGAGUGUUUUUCUGUUUCAGGUGAGGAGCACCAGUCGAGUUUUUUGGAAGUAAAGCUGCCUUGUGUGCAUUAGAUGAACUGAUGUGCUGAUUGAAAAACGAAACAGAUACAGAAACAGUUAUUUUCUAAGAAUGUUUUCAUCUGUGACUUUGAUUGUGGAGUGUACAUUUGUUAUA